AUGGCGCACUUGCGCUCUCUCUCCGCCUCACACGAGGACGAAGACAAAAACUCAUUUAGUGGGAGUGGCAACGAGUCCGAGGACUCGUCCUCCAGCUGCAGUGCGUCGGUCUCAUCAAGCGGUUCUUCUUUGUCCCCCUCGAGUCAUCCGCGUGCAAGCCCCGAAAAGGGCAGCUGCGACGCGUUGGCGAUGAAACGAAUGGAGCGUCACCAGCGCCUCCGACGGUUGCUCUCGCAGCGCAACGUGGGAGACACCAACCCCGUUGACGAUGGAAAGUAUGUGGAGCCAUUCACCACCCGCAAGGGUGUGCUGGACGCAGAUGACAGUGUCAUUCUAUCCACCUUCUCCAACUCACUUUUAUUCUCGCGGCUUCUUGCUGUUCUAGGCUCUUGCGAUAAUUCUGCGCGUUUGGAAAACUUUGACGAGGCGCUUUCAGCUGCGAACCCGACUUUUUAUCGGAGCUUCAAGCUUCCACUGGAGGAGGCCGCGGCGCAAACGAUGAGAGGUAGUGCCUUGACGCACCGUGAGUGUGCUGCGUUGGAGCGUGGCAGCAUCGUCGUUCGUCGACGAAAGUGUGAUCGGCCCGCGUGCACAGCUGCUUUUGGGGCCUCCGCGGAGGCGGUUAAACGUGGCCGCACAGCUGAUGAUCCGUCGGUGACCCGAGGAAACACCGCAACGUCGGGCAUUAUUGCGAAGUCGCUACGGAGCUGGGAGCAACACCUGUCGGAAGAGUUGAGGGCGGAGGGUGUCUCCAUUGAAACUUUUAGGCAACAGCGGCACGGCAACAGUUACGUGGAGGAGAUGCGCUUUCUGCAGGAGUCUCAGUGGGCUGACUACCAGCGUGAGCUGCGGCUUGAGGAGAAACGGAAGGAGCAAGAAGCCAAGCGGGCGAUACGUCGUGGUGAAAGUAACAUAAACUGA